GUGUCUGUUCACCGCGAGUUGCUCUGUUUCUUCUCCUCUUACUAUUCCGCUGCACUCAACGGCGAAUUUCUCGAGGCGCGAAAGGAUCAAUUCGAGGUGAAUUUGACGGGCAAGCAGCUCAAGGCUUUCGCGACAUGGCUAUACACUGGCGACAUGACGGAGAGCGCGAGAUACAACGACACGGAUCUGUACGUCUUCGCCGACCAAGUGGACAUUCUGGCACUUCGCCGCGCGGCCCUGAGCGAAAUCGUUCGGAAGGACAAGCUGCUGACCUACGAUCACCUUGUCUACAUCCAUUCGAAUCUUGCUCGAGGUUCACCACUCCUUAGAUGGGUGACAGAUCACUACAUCGCUCAUUGGCACCCGGAUCACGAUGAAGACGAUUCAUGUCCCUUGGAUAGCGACACAGAUCCCGACCACAAUCUGGCUCGAUUCGUCUACCAAGUUCUGAAAGGGGUCGCAACUCGGGAUGACGUCGAUCUACCUGGAUGCCGUUGUUGCAAUGAUGUCUGUGAAUAUCACGAGCACCCGAGCAAGGAAGAAUGGGAAACGACCUGCGGUCAAGAUGAAAACUCGGAAAUGCCAGCCUCGCUGAAGGAAGCAGACCAGCUCGAGAGUUCAGACCAGGAAAACUGA